AUGCAAAAUAAUUUUCGAACAUUCCUAACGAUUCGCGCCGCGUUGUUGCAUCGAGUAAAAUUUGCAGAAAUAUGGAAAGAUAUUUUAAAAAAGCUGUGCCGGCUCCAAUUGAGACAUCUUCGAGUGAAGAGGACAAUUUGAAUGAAGUUGAACCGAAAAAUACUAAAAGGUGUUCCCAAAGAAUUGAUUUACAAACAUCCGAGAGUGAAAGUUCGUGCAGCUAUUCGGAUGAGGAAUCACCGCGCAGAAAGACCAAAAGAUAUACCCAACAAGUGAGAAAAGCUUGGUUCAGCGAUAAAAGGUUUAAAGAUUGGAUAUCUGAAUAUGAUGACAAAAUAUUGUGUAAGUUUUGCGGCUGUAAAUUGACACCAAAAUUAUGCACUUUGAUAGCGCAUGCAAAUACGAAAAAACACAAAGCAACAGCAGGUCCAUUUUUAAGAGGAAAGCAGGCAACAAUUUCUUUUAAAGCUGUUGGUAUUAUUUAUGAUACAAAGCGAGCCGAAUUAGCUAACGCACUUUACGUCGCUUCACACACAGCUAUCUGUUCCGUAGAUCAUUUAUCUACGAUUCAAAGAAACUCGUUUCACGACAGUUCAAUAGCUACAGGAAUAAAACUGGCUCGAUCAAAAUGUAGUGCUUUAAUUCGAAAUGUGCUAUGUCCAUAUUUUAAAAAUCGGUUACUUUCUGAUAUCGGUAGCAAUCCAUACAGCUUAAUUAUUGAUGAAUCGACAGAUAUAAGCGUUAAAAAGUACCUCGGAAUAGUGAUAAGAUAUUAUAGCGCUACCAGCAAAUCAAUUGUUAAUACAUUUCUUACACUAUCAGUUAUCGAGGAUUGCACGGCAAAAGGAUUAGUAGAUUCAAUCUUAAAAACAUUGAGUGAGUUUGGGUUAGAUAUUAAAAACUUAAGGGGCUUAGGAACAGAUAAUGCUAGUGUUAUGGUAGGCAGAAACCGAGGCGUGAUUUCUUUAUUAAAGCAACAUCAACCUAAUAUUGUUUUAGUUCCAUGUGUUUGCCAUUCGAUCCAAUUGGCUGUUUCGUCUGCUUCGAAAUUACUUCCCAAUAAAAUUGAAUUUUUGAUAUCAGAAACAUAUAACUGGUUUUCUAAAUCCGCAAGUAGACAAAAUAGCUAUUCCAUGUUGUAUGCUGCCAUAAAUGAUGGGCUAGAACCUUUACAAAUGGUUAGAGCCUGCUCUACUAGAUGGCUGUCUAUCGAAGUUGCCGUUAAAAGAGUAACCAGUCAAUGGUUGGAAUUGAAAACGCACUUUGGUAUUGCUGCAACAGUGGAAUGCUGUCAUAAAGCGAAGCUGUUGGCAAAUCUGUUCUCUGACGAAAAUUUAGCUUAUUUAAUGUUCCUUGGCCCUAUAUUAAAAGAAGUUCAAAUGGUGAAUAAGCUUUUUGAAAGCAAUUCUGUAGACCCCCUCAAGAUGUUCAGUGACUUAAAAUCCACGGCAACACUCUUUACCACCUGGACGAAUGAGGUCAAACUACAGCUAAAGGUGAAAGUCGAUGACAUACCAAUACCGACAAUUAAGAACCCCAAAAAUUUUGGGCGUUUGCUCUCGUCUUCAGCGCACAGACAAUUGCCACUAAGGUUCAAAACUGCAACAAGGUCCUUAAAUCGCUUGCCGGCAGCACUUGGAGCAAAGUCAAAGGAACGUAGCUGGCGACAUUUAAAGCCAUUAGCCAGCUGGUUCCGAAUUAUGCUGUGCCCAGCACCAGUGACAAGCAGUGGACAGUUUCAGACAUGUCAGAAUACUGAAAUCCCUCCUGCAACACCUUCACAAUGA